AUGUCCAAAACACAGUUGAAAAAUCUAUACACGCAUCGAACGGCUACAACAGAGCGUCCAUGUUUCAUUUGCAGCCGACUUUCGUCCGCUGUACUUACGACUGAUGACGGUUUAGACUGGUUCUACGUCUGUGUCAGUCAUUUGAAUGAUCGUGGCUUUGCUAAACCUGCUUUUGAGCCUGAACCAAUAGUGCAACCAACGACAACGCCACCAAAACCAGCCUCCAAAGAAAAAAGUACUAAAUCUAAGAAGAAAGAGGCUGAUAAAGAGGCUGAUAAAGAGAAAAAAGACAAAGCUGAAGACAAAGCUGAAGGGAAAGCUGAAGAAGAUAAAGACAAAAAGAAGGAAAAUCACGAAGACAAAGAAAAGAAAAAGGAUAGCACCGCGAAACAGCAGAUGGCUACUCCCCAACCCGUUGCGGCUCGACAACCGCCUAAACCGAAACAAUACAUACUGCAUCGUGAUAUUUUCUUUUUACGUGAAUCGAAGAAAAGGGAGAAAGAAACAAAAGCGUUUCUUUCUCAAUUUCCGAGUGUACCAAGGACAAGUCUUCCAUGA